AUGAACUCCUUCGUCUAUUAUUCUAUCAUAUCUCUUAUUUCCCUCUUCACUCUCAAGUUCCUUCUCCAAAGAUGGAGGUUCAGAAACAUCCCUCCGACGCCGCCUGGUCUUCCGGUGAUCGGCAACCUCCACCAACUCAAGAAACCACUCCAUCGCCAAUUACAUCGCCUUUCCCAACGCUAUGGUAAUAUGUUUUCCCUCUGGUUUGGCUCUCGUUUGAUUGUGGUUGUCACAUCGCCUUCUGCUGUUCAAGAAUGCUUCACUACUAAUGACAUCGCAUUGGCAAACCGGCCUCGCCUGAUCAACGGAAAGUACAUCGGUUACAACUACACCACCAUAUCGUUCACCAGCUACGGCGAUCACUGGCGUAACCUCCGCCGCAUCAUGAUGGUUGAGAUCCUCUCCACGCAUCGUCUCAACCAUUUCUUGGAAACGAGAAAAGACGAGAUGAUGCGGCUUGUACGAAAGCUAGCCCAUGAUUCCUCCAAGGGUUUUACGAAGGUGGAACUUAAAUCCAAGUUUUUAGAGAUGACGUUUAACAUUAUCAUGAGAAUGGUAUGUGGGAAAAGGUACUUGGGAGAUGACAUUGAUGCGGCGGAUGUGGAAGAGGCAAGGAAGUUUCAGGCCAUCUUAAAAGAGUUGCCGAGGUUAGGAGGGGCAAACAAUCCUGGAGACUUUUUUCCCAUAUUGAGGUGGUUUGAUUAUGACAACUUGGAGAAGAAGCUCAAGAGUUUUUCUGGGAGAGUCGAUGAGUUUUUGCAAGGACUCAUUAAUCGACGUCGAAAUGCGAGCAACACAACAAAUACUAUGGUUGAUCAUCUCUUGAGCUUACAAGAAUCACAUCCAGAGUACUACACGGAUCAAAUCAUCAAGGGGUUGAUUUUGGUUAUGAUUAUGGCUGGAACAGAGACAUCGGCCGUGACUUUGGAAUGGGCACUGUCUUGUUUAUUAAACAAUCCCAAGGCAUUGAAAAAGGCACAACAAGAAAUAGACACAUACACAGGGCAAGAACGACUGAUAGAAGAGCAAGAUAUUUCAAAGUUGCCAUACUUGCAAAAUGUUAUCUCUGAAACAAUGCGGCUGCAUCCUGUAGUACCAUUGUUGGUUCCUCGUGAGGUUUCAAAAGAUUGCACCAUCGGAGGAUAUAGUGUCCCACGCAACACUAUAGUGUUAGUCAAUGCUUGGGCAAUCCACAGAGACCCCCAACUAUGGAGUGAUCCCACAAGUUUCAAGCCUGAAAGGUUUGAGAGAGAAGGGGAAGCUGACAAGAUAAUUCCAUUUGGAAUGGGAAGGCGUGCAUGCCCUGGAGCAGGCUUAGCUCAACGAACAGUUGGCGUGACUUUGGGUUGGUUGAUUCAAUGCUUUGAAUGGAAGCGAACAGGUGAAGAAGAGAUUGAUAUGACAGAGGCAUCAGGAAUUACUAUGUCAAAGGUUGUUCCUUUAGAAGCCAUGUGUAAAGGACGUCAUCCAACUAUCAGCAAUGUAUUUUUGAUGAAGGAAUGA